CCGACGACAAACACUUCGAGCCACGUCGACAACUUCGCAACGUCAUCCUCGCGUGCUUGCGAUGGAGAGUCCCUGCGGGCCCAUUUACGCUAAGAAGAACGAUAUCUCGACUGUCAAGAUAGAGGCGCGGGAGGCCACGCUCGCUCAAUUCGCAUGCCAUUCAUUUUGACAUUCACUUGCUUCGUUGGCGGGUCCACCAUGCGCCCUAUCGAAAAUCAAGAGUCCGUCUGCGGUUGCGAUUCAGCCAACUGCGAUUACUGGCUAGCGCUUACCAAUAUGAAGAUUAGGUUGCGACGGUGACACGGAGGGCCGCCAAAGUGGCCGACGCACGUGUACAGGACGACCGUCUUCAAACGUCGCAUUGACGCAUAUGUAUUGACGAGAGCAACGGCAUAAUCCGGAUAAUUAUCCGAUAGCCUUCGAGGUAAACCAAUUUGGCGGAUCGACAGAGGAGAGACAUCAUGGCGUUCGAGUGGAGCAACGAAGAAGAAUCGUACGUUCCGGUGGAGUCCCCUGGAAGAGAUGCAUUGAUUGUGCUCAUCGACGUGCGGCGGUCGAUCUUUGAUUUGUCGGACGACCCGUCCAAGACGUGGUUCCAAACGUGCAUUGACAUGCUUGUGCGAUACCUCAAGUCGAAAGUGAUUGCGAACGACAACUCGCUCUUGGGUGUGUGCUUCUUUGGCACGAAACAAGUGAAAAACAUCAAUUCCCUCGACCACGUCUACGAGCUGCAAGAAAUUGGAUAUCCGUCUGCACGACGCAUCAAACAGCUCACCGAGCUCGUCUCGCCCAAGUUUAACUUCGAACGCGAGUUUGGCAGCAUGGCGUCCACGGACCAAGUGUCGUUGAGCAAUGCUCUGUGGCACUGCAGUCUCGCGUUCGCCAACGCUGGACUGAAGAAGCAAGACACCCAAACGAUUUGGAUCCUCACAAAUAGCGACGACCCGAGUGCCGGGAACGCGGACGAGCGCAAUCGUAUCCACGAACAGUUCAAAAAUCAACUGGAGCUCCAUCGGACGCUGAACCUGUUCCACAUGCCUCCUUCUAGCACAUCAAGCUUUGACUUGUCCUCGUUCUACCAUACCAUGUUUUAUGAUGCGUCUAACGCCACGGCACCCGACACCGCGGACGGCCUCGCCAAGCAAGCCGCGUUUGCCAUCCACACGUACGAAGACAUGAUGGAGGAGUCGCUGCGCAAACGCUACCGCAAGCGGCGUUUGGCUACACUGCGCUUUUCCAUCACCAAGACGGUCAAGUUGAGCGUCGAGGUGUACGCGCUGCGAGUCCGACAAAUGAAGCCGUCGCCUGUUCACCUGGACGCCGAAACAAACGUGCCAUUGCAGUCCGUGACCAAGUGGCUGUGCAACCACACGGGCAGCUUCCUGACCAGUGAUCAAAUCAACACGUACCUUCCGUACGGCGGCCAUCGCGUGUACUUAACCAAAGAUGACAUGGUCCAAAUCAAGCGCUUUGACGCCGCAGGGGUGCAAUUGCUCGGAUUCGAGCCCACGUCGGUCCUUCGACUGCACGAAAACGUUCGCCCGCCGUACUUUUUGUUUCCCACAGAUGAAGACAUUGCUGGGAGUAGCGCGGCGUUUGUGGCGCUGCAUCGUUCUAUGACGACCAAGGACAAGGUGGCCGUGUGUCGAUUCAGCAUGCGCGACAACUCGCCGCCGCGCGUGGCGGCGCUGCUAGCACAAGACGAAGUGAACGAUGACCAAGGACAAGUGCAACCGAUGGGAUUCCAAGUGAUCUUUCUCCCAUUUCUCGACGACAUUCGUCCGCUUCGAGCGCCACAGCAACAAGCGACAUCGACCCAAGUGGACGCUGCGUGCCAGGUGAUCCGAUCGCUGACCCUGUCGACCAUGCCAUCGUUCCAAAACCCCGAGCUCCAGAAGCACUACGCUAGCAUUCAAGCACUUGCGCUGGACGAAGACGUGCUGGCAUUCGACGAUAAGGACGACUCGACACUUCCUGAUGCGGCUGGUUUUGCGCGCAAAAAAGUUGUGGCCGCUGUCGAGGCAUUCAAAGAAGCGUGUGGCGGCGACGAGCUGCACAAGGAAUCAGUCAAGCGAAAGGUGCGUCCGGACCACGCCUACGUGGAGCCUCUGCGCACGAAAGCGUAUUCAGGGGCAGUCCAAUGUUGAAACACGUGCUACGAUGUGUGGUGCUCUAGGCUGCUGCGGCGCCAAAGCGUGAAAAGAACAAGGUGACCAAAACGGAAGACGACGACGUGGAUUGCAGUGUCGAGACGUACAAAACGCUGGCGGCGUCGGGGGUGCUGGCCAAGAAGACUGUCGUCGAGCUCAAACGAUUUCUCUCGCAGCAUGGGUUGAGCACAGCGGGGAAGAAGGCCGACUUGCUCGCGACCGCGAUGGAGUUUUUACAGACACAAUAGGCGCCGAGAGUUGGAUGGCUCGGUUAUGUGAAUGAAAACGUAGCUAAGAGAGGCACGUGGUCGCUACCGUGGAC